AUGGAACACGCCCCAUAUUCUGAACAACAUGUGGAAAAUGUUUACGCUAAACGGAUCGUAUCGCUGGAUCGCACCAUCGACGCGCGGCCAAUCGACGUAACGCCGGCUUCGAGCGAGCGACUCCUGCGCACGGUGUACAGCAACGUCAAAAUCGCAGGACCGCCGCGAUUCAGAGUCGGCGAUCCUGUGCGCGUGAGCAAUUACAAAAUUGUCUUUGCGAAAGGUUAUACUACAAACUGGACCACCGCGGUGUUCCGCGUUAAAAAGGUGCAACAAACUGCACCAGCAACCUAUCUGCCCGAGGAUUAUCGCGGUGAACCAAUAGCCGGCAAAUUCUAUGAGCACGAGUUGCACGCGGGUAAACAUCCGGACGUGUAUCUCGUAGAAAAGGUUCUGCGUCGCCGAGGCAACGAGGUGUUGAUCAAGUGGUUGGGACUAAACAAUUCACACAAUUCCUGGAUAAAUAAGAACAAUGUGAUCUAA